AUGCCUUCUACGAGUUAUGUUGAUCUUGUGAGUCCCCAGGUGAACUCCAAAUCACUUCCUGCGGUUCUCACUAUCGCAGGUCUGGACUCCUCGGGUGGUGCCGGUAUCGAAGCAGACAUCAAAACCAUCAAUGCCCACGGUGUCUACGGACUUACUUGUAUCGCAGCAUUGACUGCUCAAAACACCUCUGGUGUUGAGGCGGUGGAGCAGACGUCAAUUGAGCAUUUGCGGAAGAUCCUCAAGAAGAACUUUGAAGAUUUCGUCGAGGGUUACCCUGGAGAUCAUCCAUUGAAGGUUGUCAAGACCGGAAUGCUUACAGAGGCGGCUGCAACUGUUCUUUCGGAGAAUGUGGACUACUUGAAUAAGAAUGACGUCAAGAUCGUCAUGGACCCUGUGAUGGUCAGUACUUCGGGAGUCACCUUGACUGACAACAAGACUGUGCAGUUAUGCUUCGACAAGAUCUUUCCUUCGACCUACUUGUGUACCCCAAAUUAUGUCGAAACGGUGCAAUUGUACCAGGAAAGAAAGGGCAAGGCUCCUGAACUCAAGACCCUCGCUGACCUCGAAAAGAUCAUUGUGGAGUUGCAGCAGAUUCUUCAGUGUCAGAACGUCUUGAUUAAAGGAGGUCAUAUUCCCUGGACCAAGGAUGGUCAAUUGUCUGAAGACAGAGCAGGUGAUGAUUUGGUGGUUGCGGACGUGCUCUACGAAUCGCAAGCUGACAAUAUCACCAUUUUCAGGUCACCCUACAUCGUGCUGAACAACACCCAUGGCACCGGCUGUACUUUGGCGAGUUCAUUAUCUUCCAACAUCGCCAAAGGACUCACUCUCCUGCAAGCCGUGCCCCUUUCCGUAAACUAUAUCCACUCUGGCAUGCUCAGUUUGUCGCUGAAGCUUGGACAUGGCCACGGACCUUUGGACCAUACUAAUAUCGCCAUAAGCAGUGUUCAAUCAGUCAUCAAAGGUUCUGAGACCAUUGCAAAGGACUUGAAGGAUAACCAUGGCGGCGCCCUUGGCUAUUUCAAGAACCACAAUGUUGUGAAGGACAACUGGAAGAGGUACACUGAGCAUCCGUUUGUGGAGCUUGUGGCCACCAACAAACUUCCUUUUGAUAAAUUCCUUUUCUACUUGAAACAGGACUUUUACUACUUGGUCAACUACGCUCAGAUCCAUGGUCUAGCUGCGCUGGUGGCUCCCACAUACGAGCAAAUCCAUGCCCAGGCCGAAGUCAUUGACAAUAUCAUGAAGGAAAUCGAAAGACACAAGGAGAAAUUGUUGAAGAAGUACAAUAUUGAUUUCGACAAUGCCGACUUGGAUUUGGAACUUCAACCUGCCAAGCCUUGCAUCGAAUACUGUGACUACCUUUUGAAAGCUGGCAAGACCCAGGAUUUCUUGGGUAUCAAGGUUGCGUUGGCUCCUUGUCUCCAUGGCUACGCUGAGGCAAGCGAGUUUGGUAAAGGCAUCCGUUUGAAGCAUGACGGGUCGCUUGGAGUUUUGUCUUCAGAGGAUGAGUCUGAGGUGUACGGUUCGUGGCUAGACGAUUACUCCUCGGACUGGUACACAGAGGCUCAUGAGCUCGGUAAGAAGGUUUUAGAUGACACCAUUGCUGGUACAAGUGUUUCUGAGCAACGGUUGGAUGAGUUGGUGAAAAUCUUCAACGACGUGACGUUGUUGGAAAUCAGCUUCUGGGACGAGAUCGUAAACUCUUUAUAG